GCCAUAUGCGGUGGACCAUUUGUCAGCCCGCUCACAAAGGCCAAUAAUCUCGCGUGACACGUGUGCCUGCCCCGAUAAAAAGCGUUACGUGUCGCGCGCUGGAAGCGUUCGUGGAAAAAGCUUUUUCCAUCGCGACAGAGGGAAUUCGGGUGUCGCACGGUGCGCCACGGGGCGCGUGACACCGGUAAUAUAACGCGACGAUAACCGGAUAACUCAUUUCUCUAUACGUCUCAGGUAUAUCGAAUAUCGAUUAAAUUUAGUCGCCGAAAAAAAAGUUCCUAUAAAUUAUUAUUUAAGUCGCGAAUCUACCAAAGUAACCGAGGUCGGAUUUGAAUUUCAUCGAUCCGCGAGAAUGUUCUGGCUCUGCAUCUCAAUAAUCUGGAGCACGUGGCAGUCGCCGAUGAGGAAGGCACAGGGAACGUCGUGAGCGACUUCGUUAUAUGAAAUAGAUAAGCGCACCUCACGGAUAAGUUCGCCGCUUUUACGAAGGGUGAGCCUCCGCGAUGAGAAGAGCGGAAAAUGAGUAAAACCGGAAGACGAAGAGGACGUGAAGCAGGGCAAAUCGCGCCAUAAUACACCGCGGGUGAAGAUGAGAUCGGAAACUGCGUUGUACCUGCUCUCGCUGCUUAUCCUGUCGCUGAAUGAUCCUUCGUGGGCCUCUGCGGAGAUCAGAGGAUGCAAUCGUACUAUCAGAAAUUCAGUUGGUUGGAUUCGCUGGACGGGACGAAUGGGUCGAUGCAUCGUGCGAAUCAGAGCACCGCUCAAGGAUCCGCAGGUGAUCGAAGUGAAAGUGAGGAGGUUGCAGGUGGGCUUUCUGAAGGAGGCCCGUUGCGAAGGGGCGUAUUUUCAAUUCUCAGACAGCGCCGACGAUCCCGACGACGAAACAACAGGUCGAUAUUGCGGCCACGUGACCGGAAACGCCACGAGGCUGUUUUUACGACGCGGUCCCAAUCUGACAAUCACCCUGUCGUCGGACGAGCAGUUCGCCUCGGCGCAUCCGGUCAUCUUUUCCGCUCAAUUCUCCAUCCUGCCAAUCCGCCUGGCGGUCGAGCGUCAUCGCGGCUACUCCGCCUCCACGUCGCCGACGUGCCCCGUGGAGUGCACCGUGCGCAACGAGCACAGAUCCUGCAGGCUGACCUCGCCGGGCUAUCCUAGCGUCUACCCACGUGGGAUUAGAUGCAGGGUAUCCUUGGAGUCGCACGCCGGUCGCUUCAGGAUAGGCGGUCAGCCGGAGGACCUUUUCGACUUGAUGAACUACACCGAUCAGGAGAGCUGUCAGAUGGAGGAUUGCGAGGACUCCUUCGAGUCCGGGGAAAAGGGCGGAUCGUCAAUCGCGUGGGGUCGGGAACACGUCGAGGCGGAUGAAUCUAUUAUCGGGGACGAUCGAUCGAGAAAUGAGCACAGGAGCCGGAUUCCCGCGAUGAGACGCACCGCGGAGACGAGUGGACAAUUAACAAGGCUCAGGCAUUACGAGAAAAAGGCGACGCAACGUUACAGCAUGGGGAGGCAGUAUCGUCACAAAGAGAUGCCGCCUAGGUUCGACACAAGCGAGCCGAAGCUUCGCAUAAAAUCAAUGCGUCCGAAGAUAACGAGGAAGAACCAUCGAGGGGUCGUCUUCAAUGGCGAUUCCGAAAGGCCGAGCGAGAUGAUCAGUAGCGCAACGGCAGCGGAAUCCAAAUACCUCAGGGAGAAUCGAUCGACGGGAAUCGCGUGCGGCAACGGCGACUAUCUCGCGCUUCUGGAAAACGUGAACGGCAAAAUUCUGGAGAUCUCCAGGUUCUGCGGCAGCGGCCGGGUGCCGCGCAUCUACUCGCGCGGGAAAAACGUGAUCCUGGAGUUCGUUGCGCGCGAGGACGGCACCGUGAUCCACGACGGGUUCCAAGUGACCCUGCACGAGGAGCGCGUCUCGCGAGAGGUGAUGAGACGCGCGAGAUGCGAAUUCGCGUACAGGAGCACCGGGCGGCCGCGGAACGGCGGCAGGGAGAACAUCCGAUCCCCGCGGAGUUGGUAUCCCCCCGACACCGUGUGCAUUUACAAGUUCCUCGGUAGAGCCUCGGAGAAGGUUUCGAUCCACAUAAAGAUCUUCCGAAACGAGCCCGAGCACGAGAAGCCGGAGGUGGGGAAGCAAAAUUUCACCCUGAGCUCUUGUCCGGGCAACGAAAUCACCGUUUAUAAUGGAGCACAGGUAAACGACAGCUUCCUGAUGUGGUCCUACUGCGACGCGUCUCACUGGGACAUCAACAACAUCCAAGUACCUUUGACGUCUAGCGGAAACGAAUUAUUGAUCCAGUACUACAGCGCCAAAGGGUCCCACGAUGGGCAGGGAUUCACUUAUGCCAUAUCCUACCGAUUCGUCAGGAAGGAGCGGAACUCGACUGUCGCGAGACGCAAAUACAAAUCGAUCUCCCUGAGGCCGGUCAACCUGUCGGCUCUCAAUCUCAACGACACCGACGAUUACGAUUGCGACACCAGGAUCGGCACGUUCAAGAACUGGUUCGCGGUGCUGGCGGUCUUCGGGAUCGUUUCCUUCGUCGGGGCCGUCGUCACGAUAGUCGUUCUGACAGUCAAAUGCCUGAGGAUCGGAUCCUCCGAGAAGAAGCUCCUGCAAACCGCGAAAUAAUGAGGUCUUGCGCGCGCAAGGAUCUCGCCAGGGUUUCCCUUCGAGCGACAACGAUCGAAGAUAUCGAGAUUCUGUUUUGUAGGAAAACAAAGAUGAGACGAGCUCGCGUAGAAAUCAUCGGGGGAAAAGAGGUCCCGUCGAGGCUUGAAUUCAGGGGGUUCGAUUGGUGUACCUUGAAACGAAGUGAAAAUUACAGAAAGGAAACAGAUCUACUAGAUUUCGACAUAAUAAAAUCGUAAAUACUGUAGUAAAUUUCCUCACUUUUGUAAUUUUCACCUCGUUUCGAGAUACAUAAUCGACUCCCAGGAUCGCUGGAUUCGGAGUGCCGGAGGAGGCCGCGGGAUCUCGGUCGAACAUUUCCACGAGUCGUCGGACGACGCGUGUAAAUAUUUGCGAGGAAAAGGAGGAGACACACGCGGAGAAGUCGCUGGCGCAGAAUACCUGCAAAAGUCGACUUAAAUUUUGACAUCGCGCCAACGUCUCUUCGAUAUCGCGCGGCGCUGACGGGGUUUUCCCGUUUCCCGACACCCGGAGAACGAUGUACAACCAGUACAACUACCAUAUUGUAUACCGACCUGAAUUUUUAUACGUAAUGUACGGAACAGUAGUAAUUGUAGUGAACCGCAAUAAAACACGUGUAAGCAGAAAAUAAAUUGGCGGAUUCAUUGCCGGAUGGUGCAGAACUUCGCGAUCAAACUCCAACUAACAUAACCAUUCAUUGUCGUCUCUUAAAGUAAUUUUUUUCUUGUUCUAAGAAUUAGAAAGAUAAAGUAAAUUAAACCGAGAUUAAAGUUAAUCUACAUUGAUAGAAGUGGCCAUAAAUCAAUCGGAGUUGAUCGC